AAACAUAUUCUAUAGCAGAGCUUCAAAAUGGCUUUCACUCUCAUGUCAGCCUUAGUGAUUUUAAUGCUCAAACUGGGUGAUCAUUAUAUGCCAGUUUUAGGUGAUGACAGUAUUCUUCAAGAACCAACAGUGCCUCUGCUUAAGUAUUUAAGAGUUUCUAAGUUUUCUGAAGGAUAUGCUAAUCUGUGGGGUGGCCAACACCAAAAUGUUUCUCAAGAUGAAUACUCUGUUACACUCACAUUAGAUAGUUCAUCUGGUAGUGGAUUCAGGUCUAAAGAGGCUUACAUGUAUGGCUUCUUCAACGCUGCAGUUAAGCUCCAGGCAGGGUAUACUGCAGGGAUCAUCACUUCCUUCUAUCUUUCCAACAACCAAGUUUACGAAGGAUGGCAUGAUGAAAUAGACAUUGAGUUCUUGGGAACAAUACCUGGAGAGCCUUACAAACUGCAGACCAAUGUUUAUGGCAACGGUACAGGAGAUGGACCCCAUCUCAUAGGCAGAGAACAGCAAUUUCAUCUCUGGUUCGAUCCAACUCAGGAUUUCCACAACUACAGCAUUCUCUGGACCCCUUCUCAAAUCCUAUUUUUGGUGGAUGGAAUCCCCAUAAGGACAUUUCCAAAGACAAAGAGCCUAGGAGUGAUAUAUCCAUCGAAGCCAAUGUCUGUGUAUGCAACCAUUUGGGAUGCAUCUUUAUGGGCCACAGAUGGAGGGAAAUACAAGGCCAAUUACACCUAUCAGCCCUUUCUUUCCACUUACACCAAUUUCCAAACAAUUGGGUGCCAUGAAAAGGAUAAUUACUGUUCAAAAGUGCUCUUAGAUGGCUGUUUGGUUUCCCCUCAUCUUAGCAAGCAGCAGAUUGUUGAUCUACAAUAUGUGAGGAAGAAUUAUAUGACAUAUGACUACUGCCAAGAUGUGCAACGAUACCCCAAGGGCUCUAUGCCCGAAUGCCCACCAUAAGUUGCUGCAUUCCUUCCUUAACUUGCCCUAUACUAUAAUGCAAGAUACCAGUCGAAUUGGCCACUAGUUCUUUAUCAGCUCAAGUUCCAAUCUAAAUGGCCUUUUUGACAAAUUGAAUUAUUUAUGUUGUAAAUCAUGGAUAUCCUGAAUAAAACUUAUAUAAAGGAUUACCAUAGCACAUCAUGCUUGUUUAUACUGCUCAUCCAAAGGAAAUGUAUGUGUAAUUAUCUUCAAACGAUCUAAUAUAGAAUAGAUAUUUGGUGCA